AUAGAUCAUAAGCUUGUAAGUGAGAACUUUUAUCAAAUUUAGUGUAGAUCAAAUAAGCAUGGAAACAUGAAGGCAGAAUUUUGAUGGACCAGAAUGGAAUGUGCAAAAUGUAGUGAACCUGUUGGAGAGGCUGCCAACUUUUGUAGGAAGUGUGAAACACCUUUCAUCCGAGAAAAUGACCAUGGUCAAGUUCCAGGCAGACAACAAAAACAGCAAAAAGAGGAUGCACUGACAGAUUGCCCAGAGGACAAUCCAAUAUCUGAUGAACCAUCAAAGCAAAUGAAGUGCAAAAAUGAUCUAAGAAUACUUCUUGUUGGACAUACUGGCCAUGGCAAAAGUGCGACUGGAAACACACUUCUUGGGAUCACAAGGGAUGAAGGAUUCAAAGAUGAAAUGAGCGUUCAAUCUGUAACAGAAACAUGUAUGAGGAUGACAAAAAAACGAUUUGGACGAACAAUAGAAGUUGUUGACACUCCUGGACUUUAUGACACUUGCCAAAAUGACCAACAUGUAUAUGAAGAAUUAACCAACUGUAUAGCGUUGACAUUGCCUGGCUUCAAUGCUGUCUGCUUAGUACAGAAACCAGAUCGGAUUUCUCAAGAAAUAGCCAACACUGUAGACCAUUUCUUCAAUUUUUUUGGAAAAGGCGUUGGUGAAUAUGCAUUUGUCAUCUUGACUCACAUAGAUUCAGAAGAAACAUUGAAAAAAUACAUAAAAACUGGUGAGAAAAAUACUGAACAACAGGGACAAAAGGCAUUUAUAGAGCUUAGAAAUCGCUGUAAAGACAAACUAUUGUUCAUUGAAAACAAUGAUUAUUUUCCUAAAGAUAAAAAAGAAGAAAUGGUUUGGAAUAUUUUGACGGCAGUGGAUGAAGCCAACAACAAAGCAUCAAAACCAUACUUCCAAAACCAACUUACAAAGGAUAUAAAACAAAGGGCUAAAGACUUUUAUAUCAAUCAUGUUCUUGGUUCCGCUUCCAAGAGGGCAAAAGAAGAUCUAAGAAUUAUUCUGCUUGAACUUCAUGGAAAACAUUUAACCGGAAACUCGCUUCUGGGACGACACCUUUUUGACAGAACGGGAAAUGCAGACAAACAAAUACAAAGUGAGGUAAGCAAUAACCGUAAAGUAACGAUUGUGGAAUGCAUGGUGGAGAAAACCUGUUGCGAAAGUGAAGCAUAUAUGAAGCAGCAACUCCUACAAAUAGAGAAAAUGUUGAAUCCAGGAUUUCAUGCAGUUUGCUUUGUAAUAGAUCCGAAGAGAAUUGAUGACGUGAAAAAUCAAUUUCAACCAAUCAUGGAGUACUUUGGAAAUGAUGCUAGUGAUUAUGCUUUUGUACUCAAGGCAUCUACAGAGCAGGAAGAAAAGAAACUUCCUCUAGAUGGCGAACACCUGGGAGUAACAUCUGUUUUGAAAUUUUGUAGGUUUAAAGAGUUGUACAUAAACAAUUCCGCCCUUCCUAAAAAAAAAGAAGAAAUGAUAGCAGAGAUGUUCGCUUCCAUUGACAGUGCAAAUGUGAGAAAGCUUACUCCUUACUUUAGUUCACGCUUUAAACAACAAAUGGAAGCUGAAGAAGCCUCUGCCAGAGCUAAAGCUGCUGCAGUUACUGAAGCUGCUAAAGCUGCUGCCAGAGCUGCUGAAGCUGCCAGAGCUGCUGAAGCUGCUAAAGCUGCUGAAGCUGCUAAAGCUGCUAAAGCUGACAGAGCUGCUGAAAGAGCUGAAUUUUAUAAAACUACAAAACAAUUAAUUGAUGCUAAGCAAGCUGCUGAGGAGGCAAGAGCUGCUAAAGAAGCUGAAGCUGCUAUAGCUGCCAAAGCUGCUAAAGAUGCAAAAGCUAAACACCAAAAGAAACUAAGAAGGGAACGUGAACUUUUUGAAGCAUAUAAAGAAAAUAUUGAAAACAAAAUAAAAAAACAGAAAUCAAAAUGUUGUUUAAUGUAAAAAAAGAAUCAAAUCAUAUAAUAGGUGAUUUAUAGACAGUUUGUUUGGUAGACACACUAUCAAGUACUGAUAUUUUGACUUAUUAGACGAAUUUUAAUUUGGCUGAUUGUGUUUACAAAAUUUAAUGCAACUUGUUUCUCUUCAGUUUCUGUUCUAUUAAAAAUUAACUGAUUAUUAAAAGACAUAUCUAAGAAGAGUCAGAACCAUAAAAAAGUCAUUCGUGUUUCGGCUCAUGAGUUGAAAAUUAGAUAAAAAUCAGCAAAUUUGUUACUAAUCCCUUUAUAAGUCAACAUUUGACAGGAAAUGGUACAAUCAAACUGCAUUAAUUUUGUACUUUAUGCUGCAAUCAAGCACAAAGGUACUACCCCUUAGAAACUUUCAGGAACAUUAACAGUUCAUAAACAUCUAAUGACCAGCAAUAGCAGCUUCGCUGUUGAACAAGAAACAAUCAAAUUAAAAUACCAGUAUUCUUCUAUUUUCCCUCUAAGGACAGUUUGAACUAUCAACCAAUCAGAAACAACAUACUUCAACAGGUAGAUAAACUGCCAAUCAGGAACCGUGUAAUGAAACAUUGAAUAUAAACAACUUCCUACGGAUAAUGGAUGUUUACGUCUAUGCUUUUUAAAUCAAUAUAUUAAUCAAUCAUUUAAAGUAACAGAAACUUAAAAAAUUGAUGUUAACAAUUUUUUGCACUUUUCUUGAAUUCAUAUCUAAGAAAGAAAAAUAUUUUCUUAUGAACUGAAAGUUAUGAACCAAUUGUUCAUGAACAUUCAGUAAAAUGCAUGAACUGUUAAGUUUAUCAACUUUGUAGUUCAUUAAGUUUAUCAACUUUGUAGUUCAUAAAACAACACAUUCACGGACAGGUCAUACAUUGGAACAAUACGUUUAUGAACUAUUUGGACUUCAUUUGCCAUUUUAUUAUUAACUGUUCAUGAACCAUUUUUAGGCUUCAUGCCCUUUAAUGAAGUUAAAAAAAUUCUUCAUCAAGAGUUACUUAACUCCUGAACUAUUUGUGCAGGGGUAUUAUCUUGAGAAUUAUAUCACCUGAAGUUUACGACAGUAUGUAUAAUCUCUCAAAACAAAGAUUUUGUAUGUCAGUAAACAAAUUAGUCAUUUAAACAAAUGCAUUAAAUGAUCAGUUGAUAUUUCACAUGAAUUUUCCUUCACUUUCCCCAGAUUUUCAAAAAGUAGUGUGCAAGUGGAGACCACAGGUGGUGAGCAUGUGGCUAUGAUAUUAAUUAGUGAAAACAUCAUUUUGAAUGA